UUUCAAACAAAAGUUUCCUUCAAAUUUCCUUUCCUUCCGAUCACACGCCCUCUCUCAAAAAUUCCCAUAAUUAAAAUUCAAAACCCAAGCUCAAGAUUCCUAUUAAAUGGAAAAUCACGAUUCGAGCAACAGCAAUCGGCGGACUCUUCGUAGAAACAGCAACAGCCACAUAUCAAUGUCGGACACCGAGUCAACAGCGAGUCACACCGAGUCAUUCCACUCGCCCCUCCGAUUCGACUCGCCCCUCCGCUCCGACGACCCCGUUUUCCUCCCGGAAAACGACAAUCCCGGUAACAAAGCCAGCAAAUCGCUCGUCCCAACUGAGAGAUACUACUCCCCCGUGCCGUCGCCGGGAAAAUCCAACUUCACGACGACGUCUCCGGUCGCCGCCGCGAAGGGGCGGCGGCCCUGGCCGCAUUCGGAGAAACCCACAUCGGGAAACGGCGAUAGGGGCGGGCGGCGGGAGAAUUCGGCGGCGGAGAAUCGGGAAUUUGGGGGGAGGGGGAGUUCGCCGGUGAUUUUGGGGCUGAAUCGGCUGGAGAAGGAGGAGGCGCCGCGCGGGGUGAAGAAGGUGGGAGCGGUUGGCGGCGGUGGUGGUGCGGUGGAGGAAGGGUAUGUGGAUGAGGUGGGUGGAGAUAGGCGGUCGAGGGCUGCGGUGGAGAAUAUACUGCGGCGGUCGGAGAGGAGCAAGGAGCUGAUGAAGGCGGCGUUGGUGGUGAGAGUGUUUGAGGCUCUCGCUUGUUUGAUUUCCUUCAGUGUUAUGGCUGCUGACAAAACGAAAGGCUGGAGUGGCGAUUCUUUUGAUCGAUAUCGAGAGUAUAGAUAUUGUCUCGUUGUAAAUAUCAUCGGGUUCGUAUAUUCUGCUUUUCAAGUGUGCGAUCUGGCAUACCUUUUGGGCACGGAGAAGCACGUCAUCUCUCACCAUCUGCGUUACCACUUUGAUUUCUUCAUGGAUCAGAUUUUGGCCUAUCUUAUAAUGUCAGCAUCCUCAGCGGCUGCUACAAGGGUUACAGAUUGGAUGACAAACUGGGGGAAAGACGAGUUCACGUUGAUGGCCAGCGCCUCAAUCGCCGUGUCGUUCUUGGCUUUCAUCGCCUUCGCCAUCAGUUCACUCAUAUCUGGUUGCAACCUCUGCAACAGGGAUUCAACUUGAUCACUCCAUUAGUGAUGAGAAUGCUGUACAGAGGCAGUGAUAGGUAGGAGUUGUGUAGGCAUUAUUUUUUCUAUGUUACGAUAUUCUAUUUAUCUAAUAAAAUAGAUUAUUCCGGUAA